CUCUGUUAUAGAGUAAACGCUCCCAGCUCCACAGAAAUGAAAUAUACAUAUAACAGAAAGAAUUUGCGCACCACUAUGAAUGUCUGCAUUGAUAGAGCGGUUUCUUAUUCAGUGUUACACGGCUGGAGAUUUGUAGAGAAAGCCAUUAAUGGCAAACCUUAACAGAUCACAUUUCAGCAGCUUCUACCUCCCAGUCAUUAAACCCUGAAGAAUGCAGUGAUUUGUAUGCAUGCGAGCAUACACUGACAGUGAGCAGUCACAGUGAGUAAGCUCAUUUGAAAAUCCUAUCUCAGCAUGAGUUAACAUUUUGGCUUAAUUUAAUAACAGUGCAAUUAAAAAUAAUGAUUUAACCUUUUUAAAACUACAGUUUGCUGCUAUAAUGGUUUUAUUUUGAAUUUCAGACACUACAAAGUCUGGAGCUGAUUAUACCCAUUGUUAAUGCUUUACAAUACAUAGAUAAUACAUUGCAAAAUCAAUAGAAUCUCAAUAAACUCUUUAAAAAAACUGCAAUAGAAAAAAAGAAUAGACCAAACACAUGUCUGUUGGCACGGUGCUGUAAGAAGUUGCGCGGAGAUGUCUGUUGGCACAGUGCUGUAAGAAGGUGUGUGGGGAUGUCUGUUGGCACGGUGCUGUAAGGAGGUUCAUGGGGAUGUCUGUUGGCACAGUGCUAUAAGAAGGUGUGUGGGGAUGUCUGUUGGCACAGUGCUGUAAGAAGUUGCGCGGAGAUGUCUGUUGGCACAGUGCUGUAAGAAGGUGUGUGGGGAUGUCUGUUGGCACGGUGCUGUAAGGAGGUUCAUGGGGAUGCCUGUUGGCACAAUGCUGUAAGGAGGUGCGUGGGGAUGUCUGUUGGCACAGUGCUAUAAGAAGGUGUGUGGGGAUGUCUGUUGGCACAGUGCUGUAAGGAGGUGCGUGGGGAUGUCUGUUGGCACAGUGCUAUAAGAAGGUGUGUGGGGAUGUCUGUUGGCACGGUGCUGUAAGGAGGUUCAUGGGGAUGUCUGUUGGCACGGUGCUGUAAGGAGGUUCAUGGGGAUGUCUGUUGGCAUAGUGCUGUAAGGAGGUGCAAGGAGAUGUCUGUUGGCACAGUGCUGUAAGGAGGUGCAAGGGGAUGUCUGUUGGCACAGUGCUGUAAGAAGGUGUGUGGGGAUGUCUGUUGGCACGGUGCUGUAAGGAGGUUCAUGGGGAUGCCUGUUGGCACAAUGCUGUAAGGAGGUGCGUAGGGAUGUCUGUUGGCACAGUGCUAUAAGAAGGUGUGUGGGAUGUCUGUUGGCACAGUGCUGUAAGGAGGUUCAUGGGAUGUCUGUUGGCACAGUGCUGUAAGACUGUGGAGAUGUCUGUUAGCACAGUGCUUUGUAAGAAGGUGUGUGGGGAUGUCUGUUGGCACGGUGCUGUAAGGAGGUUCAUGGGGAUGCCUGUUGGCACAAUGCUGUAAGGAGGUGCGUGGGGAUGUCUGUUGGCACAGUGCUAUAAGAAGGUGUGUGGGGAUGUCUGUUGGCACAGUGCUGUAAGGAGGUUCAUGGGGAUGUCUGUUGGCACAGUGCUGUAAGGAGGUGCGUGGGGAUGUCUGUUGGCACAGUGCUAUAAGAAGGUGUGUGGGGAUGUCUGUUGGCACGGUGCUGUAAGGAGGUUCAUGGGGAUGUCUGUUGGCACAGUGCUGUAAGGAGGUGCAAGGAGAUGUCUGUUGGCACAAUGCUGUAAGAAGGUGUGUGGGGAUGUCUGUUGGCAGAGUGCUGUAAGGAGGUUCAUGGGGAUGUCUGUUGGCACAAUGCUGUAAGGAGGUGCGUGGGGAUGUCUGUUGGCACAGUGCUAUAAGAAGGUGUGUGGGGAUGUCUGUUGGCACAGUGCUGUAAGGAGGUUCAUGGGGAUGUCUGCUGGCACAAUGCUGUAAGAAGGUGUGUGGAUAUGUCUGUUGGCACAGUGCUGUAAGGAGGUUCAUGGGGAUGUCUGUUGGCAUAGUGCUGUAAGGAGGUGAGUGGGGAUGUCUGUUGGCACAGUGCUGUAAGGAGGUGAGUGGGGAUGCCUGUUGGCACAGUGCUGUAAGAUCGAGUCAGCAGACAGGAAUUGUGCAGGACCGUUGCUAUCUAACUAACACUAUGUGGGUUUGUCCUUGGCUGGUGACACACAACCUCAAUGUUCUGUAAGGAGGUGAGUGGGGAUGCCUGUUGGCACAGUGCUGUAAGGAGGUGAGUGGGGAUGUCUGUUGGCACGGUGCUGUAAGGAGGUGAGUGGGGAUGUCUGUUGGCACAGUGCUGUAAGGAGGUGAGUGGGGAUGCCUGUUGGCACAGUGCUGUAAGAUCGAGUCAGCAGACAGGAAUUGAUGGGGAUGUCUGCUGGCACAAUGCUGUAAGAAGGUGUGUGGAUAUGUCUGUUGGCACAGUGCUGUAAGGAGGUGAGUGGGGAUGUCUGUUGGCACAGUGCUGUAAGGAGGUGCGUGGGGAUGUCUGUUGGCACAGUGCUGUAAGGAGGUGCGUGGGGAUGUCUGUUGGCACAGUGCUGUAAGGAGGUUCAUGGAGAUGUCUGUUGGCACGGUGCUGUAAGGAGGUUCAUGGGGAUGUCUGUUGGCAUAGUGCUGUAAGGAGGUGAGUGGGGAUGCCUGUUGGCACAGUGCAGUAAGGACACCUGUUGGCACAGUGCAGUAAGGAUGCCUGUUGGCACAGUGCUGUAAGGAGUGGGGAUGUCUGUUGGCACGGUGCUGUAAGGAGGUGCGUGGGGAUGUCUGUUGGCACGGUGCUGUAAGGAGGUGCGUGGGGAUGCCUGUUGGCACAGUGCUGUAAGGAGUGUGUCUGUUGGCACGGUGCUGUAAGGAGGUGCGUGGGGAUGUCUGUUGGCACGGUGCUGUAAGGAGGUGCGUGGGGAUGUCUGUUGGCACAGUGCUGUAAGGAGGUGAGUGGGGAUGUCUGUUGGCACAGUGCUGUAAGGAGGUGAGUGGGGGUGUGUGUUGGCACAGUGCUGUAAGGAGGUGAGUGGGGAUGUCUGUUGGCACAGUGCUGUAAGGAGGUGAGUGGGGAUGUCUGUUGGCACAGUGCUGUAAGGAGGUGCGUGGGGAUGUCUGUUGGCACAGUGCUGUAAGGAGGUGAGUGGGGAUGUCUGUUGGCACAGUGCUGUAAGGAGGUGAGUGGGGAUGUCUGUUGGCACAGUGCUGUAAGGAGGUGAGUGGGGUUGUCUGUUGGCACAGUGCUGUAAGGAGGUGAGUGGGGAUGUCUGUUGGUACGGUGCUGUAAGGAGGUGAGUGGGGAUGUCUGUUGGCACAGUGCUGUAAGGAGGUGAGUGGGGAUGCCUGUUGGCACGGUGCUGUAAGGAGGUGAGUGGGGUUGCCUGUUGGCACAGUGCUGUAAGGAGGUGAGUGGGGAUGUCUGUUGGUACGGUGCUGUAAGGAGGUGAGUGGGGAUGUCUGUUGGCACAGUGCUGUAAGGAGGUGAGUGGGGAUGCCUGUUGGCACAGUGCUGUAAGGAGGUGAGUGGGGAUGUCUGUUGGCACAGUGCUGUAAGGAGGUGAGUGGGGAUGUCUGUUGGCACAGUGCUGUACCCCCUGCUGCCUCCCCUGCUGCCUCCCCUGCGGUCCCUGCCCCUGGGGGCCGCUGCAGCACUGGCAGGCAUUCCCGCCUGCCUGCCAGGCUGCCCCUGGAUCCUACUCCUCGGGCCCGGUUGAGGAGCAGGAGUCCGGGCCCGAGGCACCGCCGGGGCCACGUGUCUGGGGCUGCAGACACACUACCUACCCUUAGUGGCCGUGAUUUGCGGCCUUCUGCGGCUGCGCGCAUGGCACAGCCUUCUCCCACGAGGCCUGCCACUGCCGCGCGGCCUAUGUUUGUAUCUCCAUCCGCCGCGGCCGCCAGUGCUGGAUUGUGGGCCGUGGGCGGCAGGUCCCACGCGGCUGGCGGGGAGGUGAGUAGGCCCUCGCGGGCCGCACGGGGUACUUUAGUAUCGCCGUGGGGGUCUGGGGGGGUCCCCUUGCCUGUCGGGAGCCUCCUCUGCCGGUGAGGAAGGCUCCCAGGGCCCUGUCUCCCCUUCCCUCUAUCUUUUCCCCUAUUAGUAUGUUUCCUUUUCUUCUUUUCUCUUCCAGGGGGCCCAGCUUACCCUUGCCUGGGCCCCCUGGUCCCCCCUCCUCUUGCUCGGUUUUCUCUUCCCCCCCUCCCCAUCUCUGGUGGGCCUGAUCCCCCCUCUUUCCCCCCCUCCUGCUCUAAUUCUCCCCCUCUCCCCCCUCUUUCCCUCCCUAUCUGCAUCGUCCCUGGGAUGAGCUGGGUUGGUGGAGGUACGUUUUGCACUUUCGUCAACGGUUGGCGGUGCGACCCUUCUUGGCCUGGGACCGGAUGGGCUUUGGCCUCUGGUUUUACUUGGGGCUCACCUGGCGCCUCAGAAUGGUGUGUUUUUCGUUCUCUCUACAAUCUGUCCGUAUGGGGGACGUGGGUGCUCUCGGUGCAGGGCCCUCAGUCCAUGUGAGAGCUCCAUCGGGCGGUGUGGGUCCAGUUUACCAAGAACGCUUGAUAACCUUACUUCCCGAUCGUUUAGGGUGCCCCUGAAGUCCGCUCUGCGGGUCCCCCCUUUGGGAUAUGGUGCCCAUGGAGGAGCGGGGUCGGUAUCGCCAGAUUCCUUAUCUACUCAGUUGUCAUUUCCUUCCAGGGGCUAGGUUUGGGAUGGUGGCUCAGCGCAGCAGUCUGCGUGGGUGGGGCUGCGGGGCCUUGCUGACAAAGGCGGCUGUGGAAUCGGUUUUCUGGCUGCUGCCGGUACGCCCGUCGGGUUUAUUGUUUCCAGGCUGUGUUUCCGACGGUCAGGAUUGGGUGGCUAUGUGCCUCCACAUGAGUUGCUCCCGAUGUCGCUUAUGUGUGGCCGUCGGUGCCGCAUGUCCGCACUCUGCUGCUGCAGUGUUUUUCCUGGGGUAGUGUUUUGAGUUUUGGAGUUCCGUGGAUAGUGGGAUCGAUUCCUGCAAAGGAACGUCGUUGCCCCUGACUGCGGUUUGGAACAUCAGGCAGGGGGCGUCGGUGGUUUUGAGGGGCGUUGUGGGUUUCGGCUGCACUACCUUUGGACUCUGCUUGUUGGGGUUGCCCUUGGGACUGUAUGAGGUUCCGUCUGGGCCUCCCUUAACGGUGGCUUGUGCAAUCUGGCCCCCUAAGUCUUUUCCGCUGACUUCCAACUGUUUGCUGCUGCAGCAGGUUUGGGGGGUUUCGGGCCAUUUUGGGCUCUCAAUGGUGUGCUGACUCUUGCCCAUUACACUGGCAAGCAUCGGGGCUCUGGCGGACUCUGGUGUUCUUGGAGCUUCCCCUUUCUGGUGGCAUGGUAGGCAUGGGGUGCCCAGCUCACAAACAGGUGGGUGGGCUUUCCUUUGGGACCAUCGUGAGGCGGUGCUGGCUGUCUUAUCAUGUGACAGUACCCUCUACCCCGGUGUUACUCUGGUUGCAGCGCCUGGCUCGGCCCUGUUUGAGUCUGGGGGCGGCUGGUCAGGGUUUUUUUGUCCGGGUAUUCCCGAUGUGGUGGCCGAUGCUCUGUCUUGUUCAAUAUAGGGCGUACUUCGGGCAGAGGUGUCGCGGGGUCGAUUUUAGGGCAGUGGAGGUGGUCGCUUGGUCCAACGGUCUGAUGAAGCUGGUCCGUGGGUCAACCUAUGAGGCGGCGUGGGGCCUGCUCCAGUAAGGUGGGAGUGAUCAGGACGGAUGGGAACGUUUCCUUGGGGGUUCCGGGAGUGGACUGCUCAUCUACAUGUUUGGUUCCGUCUGUUAAGGGCGUUGGGGGUGAUUUCUGCGAUUAGCAGGGCUCGGCUUCCUGUUCAUGUUACGGUCGUCAGCAAGUGGUGGGGUGUUUUGGUGGAGUUGAGUAAGCGUUAAUUUAUGAAUCUCUAAUUAAAGGCAAAGUGUAACAUAUAACUAUGCAUUCUAGAGAUAUAUUUCAAUGGAUACAAAUCUCUGAAUCUCUAAUUAAAGGUAAAGUGUAACAUAUAACUAUACAUUCUAGAGAUAUAUUUCAAUGGAGACAAAUCUCUGAAUCUCUAAUUAAAGGCAAAGUGUAACAUAUAACAAUGCAUUCUAGAGAUAUAUUUCAAUGGAGACAAAUCUCUGAAUCUCUAAUUAAAGGUACAGUGUAACAUAUAACGAUGGUAAUUCUGGUCUCUGUUAUUUAAACUUGCUGGUCUGGUAACGUACGUGUUUACUGAGUCCCCUAUGCAUUGUAAUUGAUGUGCUCUCACAGUGACUCAGCAGGACUCACAAUGUAUAUAAACCACUCGUAACAAGGAUUCCACAACCGGCUCCUGUGUCAAACACUCAGCUCCUCGACUGAAUCUAUCCAGACAUCUACUAAACAAGUAAGAUGGCGGUACCCCCUGUGUCAGGCUGCGGGGGGGAUUGCUUUUUAUAUUGCUGUCUAAUCUAUUUUCCAAUUCCCGCAGGUUUUGUCUGGGGUAAUGACAGAUUUUUGUACUUAGUUUACAGUAUAAUACAGCGUACAAUAAGGUUCCAUUCAAUGCUAUCAGUUUAGAUAAGUGGCAGUCGGUCAGACAAUAAAAUGCGGUGGGUAAACUGGAAAAUUAAUAACCGCGAGCAGCGAAGUUUGACUUCAGCUCUAACAAACCUACUAAUAACGUUCUGCACGCUGAUAUAAGGGUUUAAUCAGAAUCUCAGAUAUUGUUAUUUCAUACAUUUAUGUUACUGAUUUAUUUUGUAGAUAUUCACAUUUUUAUUUAUUUAUUUUUUGCAGUAGUGACUCUGUAACUUCACUGAUCUAUUUAUUCUAUUAUGUAUUUUGUGACAUACAUUUGUUUAUUUUUACAAUUUAAAGUAACAUUCUAAGGACCAUAACUACUACAGCUCACUUUAGUGGUUAUGGUGACUGGAGUGCCCUAGUGCCCGCAAUGUAAGUAAUGAAACUGUUUGGUAUAAUGAUCUGGGGUAACUUCGGGUCUGUCGGGUGCCACUCACUGCCUCUCCUCUUCUGUUAGGAGCUGCCAUUCAGGGCCGCCAUCAGGGGGUGACAAUAACAGUUGUCACGGGGCCCGGCAGCCCUGGGGGGCCCGGCCGCCCGGGCCCAACGUGUAGCGGCGGAACUGCUGCCGGUGAAUUUGCACCAGGGCCCACACGCUGAUGGGGCCUAUCGGGUGGCUCACGCACUUAGGGCCACCCGAUGGGCCCUAUAUCUUUAGGGGCCCGAUCAGCGCUGUGGCCGUGGUAUAGCGCGACCGGGCCCCUUUAAAAAAAAUCCAGCCGCAGCAAGUGCUGCUGGGAGGAUGUAGCCACUUCCUCCCAGCUCACUCCGCGCAGGACUCCCAUCAGCCCCAGCCACCCUCCUGCAAAGAAAAGGUAAGAAACAGGAGGGUGGCUGGAAAAUGAGCUAUGUGUGUGUGUCUGUAUGAAUGUAUGUUAUUAUGUAUGUAUGUAUGAAUGUAUGUCUGUAUGUAUGCAUGUAUGCCAGUAUCAAUGUAUGUCUUUAUGUCAUUAUGUAUGUCUGUAUACAUGUAUAUCUGUCAGUAUGUAUGUAUAUAUGUCUGUAUAUGUGUGUAUGUCUCAGUAUGUGUGUGUCAGUAUGUAUGCCUAUAUGCAUGUAUGUCUGUUUCAGUAUGUGUGUCUGUUAGUAUGUAUCUGUGUGUGUGUAUCUGUGUCCUUUUGCAUCUAUGUGUGUGUCUGUAUUCCUGUGGGUGGGAUUGCAGGCGGGGCCCAGACCCUGAGCUGAGUUAGGGGCCCCAAAAUUUCUGGUGGCGACCCUGCUUCCAUUGGCUCUCCUAAGCUAAGCUCUGAGCCAGCUUAUUUGCUGAGAACAUCGACUGAUCACGCUCAGCCAAUGAGCUAAGCUUAGUGCACUGGCCAGCUUAGUGUGAAAGUAUUCUCAGUACUUUUUGUCCUACUUACUGUACACAUCGCGGUCAGACAGGAGUAGACUGUUAGUACCACACUGGCGGCUGAUGAUCUGCUAUAAGAAUUCAUUCAUUGGUCAAACAUGAUUUAUCUGAUGGGAGGCUACACAGAGUUAAACCAGCUAAAAUUGGUCUAGUAACAUCACGGCUCCCAAACAUUUCUCUGAUCUAUGAAGAGUUAAUACAUGCUUUCUGUAUAACGUGGAACCAAAUGAAUAACUGUAAAUAUUCCACAAAACCAAACUAAGGCAACGAACCCGCGAAUCCUGUGUCAUGGAGACUAAAUUCUCUCCUUCACUAAAUUCUCGAUUAUUAUUUUAAGUCUCACUGUAAUUUAAGUGAUAGAAGUCACUAAAACAACUACAGCUUAUUGAAUUUGUUCUGGUGAGUAGAAUCAUUCCCUUCAGGCUUUUUGCUGUAAACGCUGUCUUUUCAGAGAAAAUGCAGUGUUUACAUUACAGCCUAGUGAUAACUUCACUGGCCACUCCUCAGAUGGCUGUUAGAGAUCCUUCCUGGGUCAUGGCUGCCUAAAAUGCAUCCAAACAUUCAGUAUCUCCUCCCUCUGCAUGCAGACACUGAACUUUCCUCAUAGAGAUUCAUUGAUUCAGUUAAACUCUGAGGAGAUGCUGAUUGGCCAGGGCUGUGUUUGAUUCAUGCUGGCUCUGCUCCUGAUCUGCCUCCUUGUCAGUCUCAGCCAAUCCUAUGGGGAAGCAUUGUGAUUGGAUCAGGCCACCACUUCUGAUUAUGUCAGCAGGCAGCUUGUUUUUCUGAGUCUAACAGCAUGCAGAUCUACAGCUUCAGGCUUGAAUACAGUAAGAUUUUGCUAUAUUUAUGGAGGCAUGAGGGGCCUAGGGGUGCUAGAUGGUGGUGUUAACACUAUAGGGUCAGGAAUACAUGUUUGUGUUCCUGACCCUAUAGUGAUCCUUUAAAGCUAUUGUUAUUGUUAUUAUUAUUAUUAUUAUUAUUAUUUGUAAAGCACCAACAAAUUUGUUGUACAAGUUAAUCACUGCUUCGUGGUAAGAGCAUUCAGAAGUGACUGUUGAUUUAAUUUGAGCAGCAGACAGUGCGCACAGAGCAGGUAGAAGCUGCUGUUUACUAACAUAAUACCAGGUUUAUGAGAUGUCACAGAUUAUCAGAUAGAAACCAGUGAAGGACUUUCAUCUAACAGGACUCUGUUACUGUAUCAAUGGGAUAUCACUAGUCAAGUAUUAACUCUCUAUAACGCCUAUAAAAAUGUAUAUCAAACCGCAUUCUUGAUUUGUUUAAGUUUAGGUUACCGUCUCUCUCUGGAUCACAGUAAUUUUUAGUUAUUCUGCUCACCUUAAUGGUAGAUAUAAUAAAAAAUCAUAUUAAACAAUUCAUUUUGUUCCUCUCUGUAAUCUUUUUUGUUUAUUCCAGUGCAGACUGUGUCUGCGGCUGCCAGCCCCUCCCCAGUUCCACCUCCUUGGCUGAGAUCCGCAAAUCCAGUGCUUUCCCAUAGGGAGCAUUAUGAGGCUCAUGAACAUGCGCAACAAAAUGCUGUGCUACGCCAAUCAGCAUCUCCUCAUAGAGAUACAUUGAAUCAAUUCAUCUCUAUGAGGAAAGUUCAGUGUCUCCAUGCAAAGGGUGGAGACAGUGAAUGCCACUGGAGGUGUCCCUAGGCUGUAAUGUUUACAUUAAAAUGUCUGCAGGGAGAGGCUAUAGAACAACUACAUUAAGCUGUAUACCGUACAUUAAGCCGUAUACCGUACACUAAGCUGUAUACCGUACAUUAAGCUGUAUACCGUACACUAAGCUGUAUACCGUACAUUAAGCUGUAUACCGUACACUAAGCUGUAUACUAUACAUUAAGCUGUAUACCGUACAUUAAGCUGUAUACCGUACACUAAGCUGUAUACCGUACAUUAAGCUGUAUACCGUACACUAAGCUGUAUACCGUACAUUAAGCUGUAUACCGUACACUAAGCUGUAUACCGUACAUUAAGCCGUAUACCGUACACUAAGCCGUAUACCGUACAUUAAGCCGUAUACCGUACAUUAAGCUGUAUACCGUACAUUAAGCCGUAUACCGUACACUAAGCCGUAUACCGUACAUUAAGCUGUAUAGCCUAUACCCGUUAAGCUGUAUACCGUACACACUAAGCCGUUAAGCACGUAAGCUGUAUGUAUACCGUUAUACCGUAUACCGCUGUAUACCUGUACAUUAAGCUUAAGCUGUAUACCGUACACUAAGCUGUAUACCGUACAUUAAGCUGUAUACUGUACACUAAGCUGUAUACUAUACAUUAAGCUGUAUACCGUACACUAAGCUGUAUACGUUACAUUAAGCUGUAUACGUUACAUUAAGCUGUAUACCGUACAUUAAGCCGUAUACCGUACACUAAGCUGUAUACCGUACAUUAAGCUGUAUACCGUACACUAAGCUGUAUACUAUACAUUAAGCUGUAUACCGUACACUAAGCUGUAUACGUUACAUUAAGCUGUAUACCGUACACUAAGCUGUAUACCGUACAUUAAGCUGUAUACCGUACACUAAGCUGUAUACCGUACAUUAAGCUGUAUACUGUACACUAAGCUGUAUACUAUACAUUAAGCUGUAUACCGUACACUAAGCUGUAUACGUUACAUUAAGCUGUAUACCGUACACUAAGCUGUAUACCGUACAUUAAGCUGUAUACCGUACAUUAAGCUGUAUACGUUACAUUAAGCUGUAUACCGUACAUUAAGCUGUAUACCGUACAUUAAGCUGUAUAGUGUACAUUACGCUGUAGUUUUUCUGGUGACUAUCGUGUCCCUUUAAUUAUCUAUGUAAAGAGCUUGCAAUGCGUUGCCUGUAAAUCCAUUUCACUUUAUUUUGCUAUUUUCUUGUGCGAUGCAUUAUAUUGUUGUUAAUAUUUUGAUUAUUAUGUGUAAAACACUACACUGUGAGUUGGUAAUCUCUGUCUGCAGUAACCGUGCUCGUCUGUUAACGAAUAUUGUGCUUUCUUUCCUCAGUGCCAGGAUACGUACUGACCUACUUCCCAGUCAGAGGUAAGUGAUUCUUAAAAGACUAUAAAACAAUAUUUACUUUAUUAACUAUCUACUCACACAUCAGUUUGUAAUCACAACAUCGAUACUAAUUGCUGAUUUGAUAAUGUGGAUAAGCUUUCAAAUGAGUGACUAUUUCUGGACGCACUUUUAAAAUGAUUAAAAUGUUUAAAGAUGAUUUAAUUAUAUAUUUUUUAUGUAUAAUAUAUUUUUUGAUAUUUUAAUAUUUUGAAAGAAAAAUAAUUAGAGAAUGAAUUAGUACUAGCUGUUACUUGUUAGAGCCGUUAAUGUCUCUAUAUUUCUCUCCAAUAGGACGUGCUGAGAGUACGCGCCUGCUGCUGGCAGAUCAGGGAGCGUCAUUGACAGAUGUCGAAGUGCCGCUUGCUGAUUGGUUCUCAGGAAAGACUGAUCUUAAAAAGAAUGCUGUGAGAAUAAUUUAUUGAUACUUACUAUUCUGCAAACUGCUAACUGCCAGUUAUGUCCCUCUGAUUAUCCGUUAUAAAGAAACUUUCUCUCUUCAUAUCUAUGUUAUAGAUGAAUUCCAAACUCACUCUUUAAUCUCGCUGCCUCUCCGCUUCCAGACCCGUUUAUUUCCCCUCCGUAUAGUAGCAGUCUUUACGCAGGUUUAUAUUUUUAUUUGGAUGUCUCCCAGGUCUUCGGUCAGCUGCCUAAGUUCCAGGAUGGAGAGUUUGUUUUGUAUCAGAGUAACGCCAUUCUGAGAUACCUGGGACACAAACAUGGUGAGACUGUGACUAUGGACCACUUUUUGUCUUGCACACCUUGUAUGUGGAGGGACGGACGGACGGAUGGAUGGACAGACAGUUUGUGUGUAUGCUUCUAAGAAACUGAGUUAUAGUUUUGUCCAUAACAAGUAAAAUUGUACAUAAAAAAGAUAAAUGUGUUUCAAAUUAGCCGUCACCCCCUAAUGCAGUGUGUUAUCACCAAUUUUAGCAAAAGUUCCCCAUGUUUUUGCUUUGUUUUGGCUUCCAAACAAAAACUAAUGUAACACGUGUAUACCUGAGGUUGGCAGGGAAUGGGCUAAUAUCUUACCAGUGUGAAAUGAGGCAUUUGUAACUUUCAAAAUGUUGCCCCAAUUCAGUAAUUUUAUGGAUAUUUUAGUCUUUGGUCAAAAAGCUCAGGUUUCUUACAGUGACACACUGAUUGUCCUGUGAUUAUGGGAAGGCCGUUGUUGGUUUGUUUGUCAGUUUGUUGGUUUUAUAUCUGCACCCUUUUUAUGAAAGUUCCAGAAGGUUCCCUGUCGUUCUGUCCUGUCUCUCUCACACUAACUGGAAUGUAUGUUAAUUGUCAUUCAGGACUUGCUGGCAGCAAUGAUAAGGAUACUGCUCGGAUUGACAUGGUGAAUGAUGGAGUGGAAGAUUUGAGACAGAAAUUCAGCAAGCUGGUAUUCUUUGAAUUUGUAAGUGAAGUAAUAUUAACAGUUUUAUAUUAUUCUCCUCAUGUAUGACACGAGUUCUGUAUCCAGAUGUUUUCCAGGAAUUGAGUGCGGAAGGGCAGUCAACGUGCAAGUGUGGGAAAUGGAGAAAGUCAUAAAUACCAUGGGUGCCAGGAGAAUAUCUCUUUCUAGAACGUUCAGACUGUGUGUUCCACUUCUCCCUGAAAUUAGCAUCUUUCUACUGUAUGGAGUUAAUCUGUACAUUACUCCCAUACAUUAUGGAAAAUAACGGCAUGUAUAAUGUCACCGUGUAUAAAGCCAAUUAUAAAGCAUGACGUAUCGUGUACAGAAAACAUGAUAUAUAGAAAUAAACGUUAUAUGAUAGUGAACCAUGUGUUGUGGAUAUAUAAAGCCAAGUCAGGGUUCUGGUUAUAUUAAUCGGUUACACCAAGAACCAUGAACCCUUCACCACCAGGUGUUACUCCACCUCCAGCACCGCCAUUUGCCACAAGAGUUAUGGGCACGCUAAUGUCAAUUCUGUGCCCAACAUUCAUUCAUUGACUGAGUGUGCUCUAAGUAUCUGCAUGUGGUCCAGCCUCCAUCAGACACUGGCAGCCAGCGGGACCAGCUAUGAGGACAAACCCAUUAGAAGGGGCACAGUGCCAGAGCACUCCGAACACCAGAACCACUACAGUGGGCUGAAAAUAAACCAAAACAAAACUGAAAAGCCACUGGUUUAUAAAUGUCUAAUAGACUUGGGCAUGGAGGGGAAAUGUGGCUCAGCCGAACCAUUUUAUCCAAAAUCAAAUUUUGUUUUCUGAAAACCUGAGUUUUAACUAAAUACUGUUUCAGCUCAGCAGAAUUUUAGAAACAAGAUUCUGAUUCUGAAACCGAAUGAGAAGAACAAAAAAGGGCACGAAAUGUGCUCUAAAAUAUAUACAUAUAAUAAUAUACACUGAUAGGAGCAUUUCCCACCAUUCGGUUCUCAGAUCAAGUGAGAACAAGUAAUAAAUAAAGUUAAAAAGAGGAGGCGCAGCAAUAAAACUCUGUAUGCAUGUAUUUAUAUAUUUCUUCAAUUCUUAAUCUGUAAAUAGAGAUUAUAUUACUGCUCCAACUAUUUUGCCUCUAUUCCUCACUUCUCGCUUGAUGGAAUAAAAUCAACAUUUAGUGACGGCCCUUUAGCCAUCAGUCAUUUCCAUUUGCCACGGGCAGAAUUCAGAAUUGCCCAACCUGGGAAUGGGUGCCACCUAAAAAUCAGGACCAUUCAUGCAGAGUGGAUUGUAAAACAUCUGUCCACCUGAUCUGCCCACUGACAGAAUGAUCGUAUACAGAUCUGGAUUAUCCAGUAAUUGGCCUUCGACAGUCUCAUAGGGCCAGUAUCAUUGGGUCCAUGUCGACACCUGGAGCUCCAGCUUUGUCAAUGCAGACAGACGGCCACUAGGGGUAUGUUAACCGUACAGUGUAAAUAUUGACAUAUUUACAAAACUGAUGAUUUCCUGCUUUAGAUUAUAAGGUUAAAACCACAGGACCACUGAGAGGACGUGGUCUGGGUUCCAUUAGUGGUCCUUUAAUAAAGAGAUAAUGAUUAUUUCUCAUUGCUAAACGUAAUUAGACUGAUACUAUUUCCAUGUAAGAUUUAUUUCAGCCUGGUCCUAUCUUUAAAGAUCUUUAUUUUGCUUUUAUUUUUUGUGGGAGCACGUCAGUCAGUUCCACCAGUAUUUCUCUCUCUCUUUGGCAAUUUUAUCUUUGACAUAUUACGAUGCUAAUUGUUUUAUCGGAUGAUUUAAAACAUUUUAUUUUUAUUUUUUCCAGGAAACAGGAAAAGAGAAUUAUAUCAAGAAUUUGCCCAACCAACUGGCUCCUUUUGAGAAAAUUCUCUCUCAAAAUAGCAAUGGAACCAAAUUUGUGGUAGGCGAUAAGGUAAACAGAACCGGUUUUUAUCUACUGCUUUCACCAUUUUUCCAACAUCUGUAAGUCAGCACAGAACGCUGAUUAAUUUGAUAUUAAAGCUAUUUUUUCUUUGUCCCACAGAUCUCAUAUGCUGAUUACAAUCUCCUGGACAUCUUACAUUGCCACCUCGACCUCUCCCCAACGUGUUUGACCGCAUUCCCCCUGCUUGCUGCCUACACGGAACGCCUUGCAGCCCGUCCCCAACUCAGCGCGUACCUGAAAUCCGAGAAACGAAACAAACGCCCAAUCACUCCCAAACAUAAACAAUAAACGAAAUACCUGUCUAUAAACCUCUGUAGCAACAACCUCCUUUUACCAUAAACACCAGGAAAUGGCUCAUUAUUUUGUCAACUGAAUAAACUUUUUUGUUUUUUUAAAUAUGUCUCAUUGGUUUAACUUGUGUGACUAUUUAUAUGUAUUUAUUAUUCCUAGAGGUGUCUGUUUAUAAAAUGUUGUUCUAAGUUAAUGUAGGACUAUCACUUGCAGGAAUUUUGCAUUCUUUGCUGAGAGCGCAUGGUGGUCCCUGAAGUAGGAAAGGGUUUGGAGAUAUCUACCUACAGCUUUAAUCUAGAGCAUUGUGUUCCUUGCUUCUGGCAUGAUAUGCACAUAGUCGCUUUUUUCAGCAUAUCCAGUUUAUCCUUAAUACCCAUUCCCAAUAAAACACAGACUACCAUUAUUACCUUGGAAAAAUUAGCUUUAUUAACACAUCGAAUAACAUGAGGUCAUUGCCAACACCUAACACACACAUUACUAAAUUAUUUAAAAACACACAAAACCAGGUGUGUAAGUGGCUAACCCCUAAAACACCAAGUGCAAUAGUGCAGCGCAAUGUAAUGGAUAAAGUAUAGUAUAAACCAGUGGUAGUCAACCUUUUUCCACCUACCGCCCACUAAUGCAUCUUUCUUGAUGGAAGAAUUUCCUUACCGUCCACUAGUUUUCGCGCAUGUGCAGAAUAUUUUUUAGAAAGGAGGGCGUUUUAAAAAAAAAAUAAAUGUACGUACAUUUUUCUUUUUAUUU